AUGGCCAGGUUUGUUGCAAACUUGGCACCGGCCUCCACGGUUUGGGGAUCGUCCUCGUUGGUCACGGAAACUAUUAGAAGUGAGGUUGGCAGAGGGCUCAAAAGGAUUGAGGGAGCUGGAAUUGUUACGGGAAAGAUGAGACAUGCGGUUUUCAUGGAUAAGGAGGAGAUGGUAGAGUUCUUGAGAGGUGAUGGGAUCCGAUCUGGUGGUUAUGGAGGCUGUUCACUGCAGAUUUGGGUUCAAUUUGUAGCGUCGACCGAUGCUGAUUUUCAGCUCAUAGUGGUCAUUGUGAAGAUGGACAAAAGUUGGAUGAGUGAAGGUGAUAGACUUCUAUCACCUGUUUACGCUGAAGGGGUGGAGUCUCACUUGUUCAUAAAAGGGAUAGAUCCAAACUACACCCAGUGGAUAUUUCAUGGGGAGGAGGAAACUCUCCCCAUCAUUGACGAUGAUGAUGAUCCCGAAGUUGAAAGUGGAGACGGCUACAUUGAUGACAUGGACCGUAUGUUUGAUGACAUACGAGCAGCCACAUGCGGAGAUGCUCCUGAUGACAACACUACAUCACCAACUCACUCAGCAAUACCACAGUCCUCCCCAACCCCAACUUUUGACCAACUAUUAGAGGAUGCCCGACGUCCUCUUUUUGAUGGCUGCACAAAAUUCUCAAAGCUCUCUUUCGUUGUGAAGUUGUUACACAUUAAAACACUUGGUGGGUGGUCAAUCAAGUCUUUUGAUAUGCUCCUAAGCCUUUUGUGGUCAGCCUUUCCUAAUGUUGAAUUGCCACAAUCAUAUGAGGAGGAAAAUGCUAAUCUUAAUGAGUGCCCUAUCUGUAAGGCUUCACGAUGGAUGCCAAAUACACACGGGUCACGAGUGAUCCCUCAAAAAGUGCUUAGGCAUUUUCCUUUGAAGCCAAGAUUGCAGCGUCUCUUUGUGUCAAGCAAGAUAGCAGGUGACAUGAGAUGGCAUAAGGAGCAACGGGUCACCGAUGACACUAGUAUGAGACAUCUUGCUGACUCAGAGUCCUGGAAGACAUUUGAUCAAGCUCACCCCAGAUUUGCUAGGGAUGCUCGCAAUGUUAGGCUCAGUUUGGCAAGCGACGGAUUUAAUCCAUUCAACAGUCUAGCUAAACCUUAUAGCAUUUGGCCAGUGAUUCUUGUCCCGUAUAACUUACCGCUGUGGUUAUGCAUGAAAGACAUGUUGUUCAUGACAUCCCUCAUUAUCCCUAGUCCAAAAUCACCAGGAAAUGAUAUUGAUGUUUAUUUGCAACCGUUAAUUGAUGAGUUACUUGAACUCCGGGAGCAUCGGGUACCUACAUAUGAUGCAUCUACUAAGGAAAUGUUCAUGUUACAUCCUGCCUUAUUGUGGACAAUCAAUGACUUUCCCGCCUAUGGAAAUCUAUCUGGGUGGUCAACAAAAGGGAAGAUGGCAUGUCCGUUUUGUAAUGCACAAACAGAUUCCAAUUGGUUGAAGUAUGGUAGGAAACAUUGUUACAUGGGACAUCGACGUCUCUUACCGAGAGAUCACAUUUGGCGAACGAGAAAAGGGUUGUUUAACGGUAAAGAAGAUCUUCGCAUGCCCCCAACAAUGGUUGAAGGAGCGGAUCUUUUAACUCAAUUACAAAUGCUUGGAGAUAUUCAAUUUGGAAAAUCUUGUAGGAAGAGGAAACACACUGUAGAGGAGUUGAACUGGACUAAGAAAAGCAUCUUCUUCAAACUACCUUAUUGGUCAACUUUGCGGCUUAGACAUAAUCUAGAUGUUAUGCAUAUUGAGAAGAAUAUUUCCGAGAACAUUUUGGGCACUCUUAUGAACAUUCCUGGCAAGACAAAAGAUAACACUAAUUCACGGCGUGAUCUAGAGAUCUUGGGCUUUAGAAAGGAAUUACAUUUGAAACGUGAAGGUGAGCGUGUUACAAUGCCACAUGCAGCAUACACAUUACAUGGAGAUGAAAGGAAUAAAUUCUGUGCGUGGCUUGCUGAGGUUAAAUAUCCAGAUGGGUUUCUCGGAAAAUUCAAGCGGUAUGUUAAGAAUAAAGCCCAUCCAAAAGGAUCAAUAGCGGAAGCCUGGGUUCACAUCGAGUGUUUGACAUUUUGCUCCAUCUAUCUCCAAGAUGUGGAGACGAAGUUUAAUCGACCAGAUCGCAACAUUGAUGGUGUUGAAGAGGAGAGUAUAGAUGGGGAACACAAUGACAAAUGCAAGGUGUUAAACCCGAAUUCUAUAGAGCGCACGCAACAAACUGAGUUUCCCAUUUGGUUCAAGCAACGUUGGAUUGCAUCAUAUGUUGCUUGUAUUAUAAAUGGUAAACGGUUCCAUACGAAGUCUCGUGAACUUCGCCGACGUUCACAAAAUUCUGGGGUGUUGGUAACUGGUGACCAAGAUACUGAUAAUGUAGACUUUUAUGGUAUUAUCAAUGAUGUUGUGGAGUUACACUACAUGGGGGGUCGUAGAGUGUACUUGUUCAGUUGUGAUUGGUUUGAUGUUGGUGCCAAAAAACGGGGGGUACGAGUGGACGAUCAUUUAACUAGUCUCAAUAUGAAUAGGACUUGGAAUAAAGACGAACCAUAUGUGUUGGCUUGCCAGGCUUCCCAGUGUUUUUACAUUAGGGAUCUAAGGGAGAAAGGGAAUUGGUAUGUUGUGCAGAAGUACAAUAAUAGGAAUGUGUAUGAUAUUCCACCAGUGCAGAGGGUUUUAGAAAGCAUUGAUGGCGAAUUGAGUGACGAUGAUGCCUAUCAAGAGAAUGAGUCCCCAUAUGACUAUCCACUUUUGCAUUGUGAUGCAUGUCCAGUGUCAACUCCACUUAGUAGGACUGAUAUAGAACCUUCCCUUAUUGAGCCACGAGACCAGAUGGAGUCGGGUGGUAAUAGCAGAAUUUUGGGAGAUUUUAUUGAUGAUGCUAUGGCUCCAUCUGGUUCUGGAGAUGCUUAUGGUGAUUGGGAAUAUUCAGAUGAUGAUGACCCAUCCACCAAGGAAGAGUCUGACUCAGAAUAA